AUGUCCAGCGACGCUGCUUCGACGUACUCGUUCUCCUCGACCGCACCUCUCACAGGUUCCGGCUCGUCUCCCAAGAGCCCCUCCCUCCUCUCCAAGCUCCUCCGCCGCUCUCCGUCGCCGAAGGCACCCCGCCCCGCUUCGCCGCCCAAGACACCGGAGGAGACCUUCCGCGAGAUCAUGGCUUUGAACGCUUCGCACGGUGAUCCGUCGGUCCAGGCCUAUCACCUCAAGACUAGCCCGAGACCCAAGGCGCCGAAAGCGCCCAAGUCCGCCUCGCCUUCGCCCACUCGCUCCUCCUCCUCCUCCUCGCCCGCGACCGCAUCGAAGCGCGACGCCUUCGCCGAGAUCAUGGCACUGAACGCCAAGCAUGGCGACCCGAGCGUCCAGGCUUAUUUCGUCCGAUGA